UUCCUGAGUUCGGGGGUCGGCGGAAGAUGGCGGCGGCCGGAGGGGUUUGGUGCUUGGGCCAGCUGUUGAGGUUUUUUUAUUCACUAUUCUUCCCUGGGCUAAUUGUAUGUGGAACUUUAUGUGCAUGUUUCGUCAUUGUCCUUUGGGGAAUCAGACUGCUCCUACAGAAGAAGAAAAAGUCCAUGUCAACUAGCAAAAAUGGGAAAACUCAAAUGGUGAUUGCAUUUUUUCAUCCAUACUGCAAUGCUGGUGGAGGAGGAGAAAGAGUUUUAUGGUGUGCCUUAAGAGCCCUGCAAAAAAAGUAUCCCGAAGCAGUUUAUGUGGUUUAUACUGGCGAUGUUAAUAUCAGCGGUCAACAGAUACUAGAAGGUGCUUUCAGAAGAUUUAACAUCAGAUUAAUUUGCCCAGUGCAGUUUGUUUUCUUAAGGAAGCGCUACCUUGUGGAAGAUUCUCUUUAUCCUCACUUUACACUUCUGGGCCAAAGUCUAGGAUCCAUCUUUCUUGGAUGGGAAGCUCUGAUGCAGUGUGUUCCUGAUGUUUACAUCGAUUCAAUGGGAUAUGCUUUCACACUUCCUCUGUUUAAGUAUAUAGGGGGUUGCCGAGUUGGAAGCUAUGUUCAUUAUCCCACUAUUAGCACUGACAUGCUCUCUGUAGUGAAGAAUCAAAAUGUUGGAUUCAAUAAUGCAGCCUUCAUUACCAGGAAUCCUUUUCUCAGCAAAGUAAAGCUCAUCUACUACUACUUAUUUGCUUUUAUCUAUGGACUUGUUGGUUCUUGCAGUGAUGUAGUCAUGGUCAAUUCUUCUUGGACACUAAACCAUAUCCUCUCACUGUGGAAGGUUGGGAAUUGCACUAACAUUGUUUAUCCACCUUGUGAUGUACAGACAUUUCUGGACAUUCCCUUACAUGAGAAAAAGAAGACCUCAGGACAUUUGCUGGUUUCUAUUGGCCAGUUUAGGCCUGAAAAGAAUCAUCCUUUGCAGAUCAGAGCCUUCGCUAAAUUGCUCCGUAAGAAGGUGGCUGAGUCACCACCUUCUCCUAAACUUGUCCUCAUUGGAGGUUGUCGUAACAAAGAUGAUGAACUUAGGGUAAACCAACUGAGAAGGCUGACUGAAGAUUUAGGAGUUCAAGAAGAUGUGGAAUUUAAAAUAAACAUCCCAUUUGAUGAAUUAAAGAAGUACUUAUCCGAAGCAACAAUUGGUCUGCAUACCAUGUGGAAUGAGCAUUUUGGGAUUGGCGUUGUGGAGUGCAUGGCAGCUGGCACAGUGAUCCUUGCACACAAUUCAGGGGGCCCGAAGCUCGACAUCGUUGUUCCUCACGAAGGCGAUGUAACCGGAUUUCUGGCUGAGAGUGAAGAAGGCUAUGCGGAGACAAUGGCUUAUAUUCUUUCCAUGUCUGCAGAAAAGAGACUACAAAUCAGGAAAAAUGCUCGUGCGUCUGUAAGCAGAUUCUCUGAUCAGGAGUUUGAAGUGGCAUUCCUGUUAUCUGUUGAAAAGUUAUUUAAGUAAUGCCAUAUCUGUACAAAUUAAAGAUAUUUUAUAUAAGAUGUUUAAACACCUUCAUAUAUAAAUACUUGUCUAAACUGAUUACCUAUUGUAAUAAAGUCAGCCUAUGCAAUGUUCUUAGCAGUA